AUGAGGGCUGCUAUGAAUCCUGCACCCCUCCGAAUAAGGGGGUGGUGUACAAUCCGACUCUCCUCGACAACCCCCAUAACCACGACCAACCCUACUCCAACAACACCAGCAAUAACUCUUAGCCAAACCCUAACCCCCUAUUCCCAAGCAACCCGUCCAACCACUCCAACCACUCCAACCACUCCAACCACCCAAAACGAAACAAUCCUCGUCCUGGGCUCAGGUUGGGGCGGCUACAUGUUCUCGCGCAAAAUCAAUCCAAACCUCUACAAUUGCACUGUAAUCUCGCCGAGGUCCUACUUCGUCUUUACGCCCUUAUUGACGGAUACCGCAGCGGGCAAUCUGGAUUUCUCGUCUAUUGUUGAACCGAUGCGCGAGUUGAAGAGUCGUGUUGAUUUUAUACAAGCUGCAGCACGGAGGAUCGAUUUUAAGAAUAAGAAGGUGUUGUGUGAAGCGAGUAUUGUAAAAUCCGGAGUGACGGAAUCCCCCCGCGUGGAAGAGACGGAACGCAAAUUCGAGGAAGGGCCCGAAACGGGCCCGAUGCGUGGGAAGGAGCAUUUACGGACGUGGGAAAAGGGUCAAUUAUUCGACGUUCCGUACGAUAAACUCGUGAUUGCGGUGGGAUGUACGAGUCAGACAUUCGGGACACCAGGGGUAAGGGAAAAUGCAAUGUUUUUCAAGGACAUUGGAGACUCGCGACGGGUCAAGAGACGGGUAAGGGAAUGUUUUGAACUUGCUGCUUUACCAACUACAACGGAAGAAAUGCAGCGGUAUCUGUUGCAUUUUGCUAUCGUUGGUGCUGGGCCGACUGGCACGGAGUUGGCGGCGACAUUGCGAGAUUUCGUGUCUAAGAAUAUGGCAGAGUUGUAUCCUGCUCUCAAGGACAAGACUCGAAUUUCGUUGUAUGAUGUCGCACCUACGGUUUUGAGCAUGUUUGAUAAAUCAUUGUCUCAAUAUGCGAUUGGGACUAUGUCUAAGGAUGGGAUUGAUAUUCGGACUUCGCAUCAUAUUCAGGAAUUGAGAUGGGGUAUCCCUAAUACCGAGGGACCGCACGAGAUGGAUCCGAAGGGCUGUUUAACCUUAAAGACUAAAGAGCAGGGUGAUGUGGGAGUAGGAAUGUGUGUAUGGGCGACGGGCAACGCCAUGAACAAGUUUAUCAAAUACUCCUUGAACGAGAUUGAUGAGUUCCCAGCAUCAAGCGCACUACUCAAGGACUCUUCGUCUUUGGUGGAUAUAAAAGGAUGGAGAGUCAAAAAAGCGCCCAAAGUCGGCGCAUUACUCGUCGACGGCUAUUUCCGAGUCCAACUUGAGCAUGAAUCGACCGGCCAAGUCGCUGUCUUACAAGACGUAUUCGCUAUAGGAGACAACGCAAUGCCAGAAACCGGUGCGCCACCCGCAACAGCACAAGCAACUUCCCAAGAAGCGAAAUGGUUAGCAGAACGAUUCAACAACGGCGAUCUUAAUAAAGUACCCAGUUUCUCGUUUCAUAAUAUGGGCACAUUAGCAUAUAUCGGCAGUUCGAAUGCAUUGAUGCAAAUACCUCAUGAGAAAGUUAAUACUAAUGGGGGGAAAGAUGGUGCCCGCCGAAACCCGUAUCUACCAGAAGGAUUAACGGGGAGAAUGGCAUGGUUGGUAUGGAAAGUAGCGUAUUUGAGUAUGAGUAUUAGUUGGCGGAAUCGGUUCAGGAUUUUGUUUCGGUGGACUUUGAAUCGAGUCUUUGGGAGUGAUGUGUCGAGAUUUUGA